AUGGCAGUUGACUGCAUUUCCAUGGCCUCGCGCCAUCAUCCUCACUACUCCCAUCACUCCUUCAAUCAAAGUAGUUGUGAUCGACACCCAAGCGCGGGGUUCAACAUCGGCAGCAACAACCCAUAUGCCCGUUACAUGUCACCGGCGCCGUCGAACUAUUCUCGACGGUCGCGCAUUGGAAGUGUGAGUUCCGUCCCUUCCAUCUGGUAUUCCGGGACACCCGAACAUUACCCGGUGGAGCCGAGACGUAGACGGGAUCACUCUACUCCUCAUCGUCGCCACACAACCAAGUACUCCCGACAUUCGCAACUUGUGCAACCCGAUGUCAUCGACCAGCUGGACAAUGUCACGACUUUCUCCUAUCACCACGAGGGCCCGUAUGACGCUGCCUGCCCGGAAAGAAACCGAUUCAGUCAGUCCAGUCCUCUAGAAGCCGUCAAGGAGUCCAAUGCCGAAGCCCUCCGGGCCACUCCACACCACAAGAUUGCCGACGCUUUGAACAGCCACCGUCCAUUGGAUGGCGUUGCCUUCUAUCCCCCUGGAACCACGGAUCGAAAUGGUCAAGAAUACUCUUACGAAGAGGGUUCAAACAUGAUGAACGAUUUUGCUGGUAAUUUCAUGCGUCUUCCUGGCACGAAAUUCACGGAUGAAGACUUCAAGAAUGAUCCAUUCUACAACCGUCCUCUGGUGAAUCCAUUCGCUCAGCUCCGGAGGAAAAUCAGUAUGCGCCUCAAGAAACGCCGCAAGACUGAUUAA